CAUGUCGGCGAUCGCAGGAAAUUGCAUGUCAAUUCAGACAUGCAAUUUUCUGCUAUUCUGGGCUGAUUGGGUCUCAGUGAAAGCCCCGAUCAUCCUAAGGCAUAGGAGCGAGGUUGCAGUGGUGCCAGCCACCCCCUCCUAUCCCCUGCCAUUAGUCAGCAAUGAGUACUGACCAAUGGCAGUUGAAGACGGGGGGUUGCCAUGGAAACCCCCGCUCUGCUCACCCCUGGAUGUUGGGCAGAACGGGGGAGAAGAUGCUGUGGGGACCGGCGAUCAUCGGUCGCAUCAGCGGAGAUCAGCAGCGCAGAGAGAAGAUAUCUCCACAUCCUGAAUAUGGAGGAAUUUCUCCUCUGGAGUCUGAAAUAUAAAAGGAGAAACAUGGGAAGACUUGGGACAGAGCUGAGAAGAUCAUCAGAGAGACACAAGACAACCGGGCAGGUUGAUAGGAAGAUAAGAAAGUCACCAGAUCGGCCCCAAUCCUCCAGCCAUGGACAUCAGACUGGUUGUCUUCAGUAUUCUACUUGUGGCAGUGACCGGACAUCCACACCGGAGACGCUGCCCGAUGUCCAGAUAUAAAUCAGUAUCUUCCACUGACAUCACGGGGAUCAGACAACUGCAGAAUGAACAUGAGAAGAACAUGUCCACCAGUGCCAUCAAAUGCUACAGAAGAAUGAUGAGACACAAGCCGUCUGUAUGUGAGCUAAAGCCCAGUGACCGUCUGAUUCUGACCUUGGAGCGAGUUACAGUAACUACAGAAGUUCUGGCAAAUCUUUCCACGUCUGCUGUGCCGGACCCUGUAUCACAGUCAUACAUGAUGUUCCUCAGAAUCAGAGAUGAUCUUCUGAUCUGUAGAGAAUUAUCAGGACACAGUAAAAUCCCAUCUGAGGAGCUGAAGCCAUGGCUGCACCAUCUCCAGCACUUUGUGGAAGAGGCCUCUGCACAAUGUCUCCAGGACGCUGUGUUACUCGGUCUCAUCCAGUUACUGGUGGAAGAUGUCGGGUGUUGGGCUCAUGGGAAGUAACUACAGAGAAACGUCUUAAGAUAUACACAAGUCUACAGGAAGCAGUUAAUGGUGGAGAACAUCAGUAGAUCCGUCUACACAGAAGAAAAUCUCUAGACAAGAGUCUACAUAGUCACCUGUCAUGACCUCCAGAUCAGAAGAGUGAACAUCAUCUUUCAGUGAAC